GCAUGAAGAGGAGCGGAGAAGGAUAGAGGAGGAGAUGAUGAGACACAGAGAACAGGACAACCUGAGACGCCACCCAGACGGCUUCAAACCAAACUACCUGGAUAAUGUUUCCGGCUCCCUGCUUGCACACUCAGAAGUUUUUUUCGGCGACUUCUAUCGAGCUUGUGUUGAGAUGGUUUCUGUCCUCCGGAGACGGAGGUUAUUAAUGGGAUUUCUCUCUCCGCCGCAUCACCUGAGGACAGUCGGGCAGUGAGCCGUCGGGCGUCUGGAGGCUGGAUGGACAACAUGUCUCCACAACAGCAACAGGACAGCCUCGGCCGAGGCGGCGGGCAGCAGGAGACCAAGCGGCGGACGAAGUCUCAGAAUUAUCGGCGCCAGUCCGCCCCGUCUCUGGUCAUCACCAAGGCUCUCACCAGGUCCAAGACCCUCUCCAGAGAGAGCUUCCUGUUUCCUGUGUGCCCAGAGACCUGCCCAUUGGUCCAGUCCUACCUCACGGGCUCUGAUAGGUCCUUCCUUCUCCACGGACAUGCUCAGUUGAAGACCGGGAUGCAGAGCCAGGACAGACACCUCUUCCUGUUCACUGACAUACUGGUGAUUGCCAAAGCCAAAUCAGCCAACCACUUCAAGCACAAGGCCCAGGUGUGUGUGUGUGAGAUGUGGACGGCAGGCUGCACGGACGAGGUGUGUGAGGGAAGCACAAACCCAGAGAGGAGCUUCCUCCGCAGAACAGAAAGAGAAAUGGCUCUCGGUCCUCAAAAGACCAAGACGCUCCCCGUCAGCAACUCGGAUUCAACCAAUGAGGUGGUCCGACUGGCCUUGCAGCAGUUCAGCAUUAUAGGAAAUGUGAAAGACUUCCAGCUGUGGGUCAUCUCCAAGAGGGAAAACGCCCCCUAUCCUCUUAUCGGUCAUGAGUUUCCCUUCAGUAUCCAGAUGAGUCAUGUGAGACACACGAUGUCUCAGGGUGGCGGCGGCGGCGGCGUGGCGGCGGUUGGCCUGGACGCCGCGGUACCUCCUGCAGACAGACAGAGGGCGAUGCAGGUGGAGCAGCUGCAGGUGUACAAGCAGUGCCAGUUCAUCCUGAAGCCUCGACCCGUUGAAACACUGCAUCUGUCUGCAGAUUUUUCUCAGAAGUCGUUUAAAAGGAGGCGUUCUCUCAUCACCUGGGCCUUCUGGCGCGGCUCGUCUUCUCACCUGAAUGAACUGUCCCUGACCGGGGCGGCUCGAGGCUGCCUGUUCAGCCAGCCGCUCAGCUGUGUUUGUGUAGAGGACGCGCUGCCAAAGCCCGUCAUGGACAUGCUGGUGUUUCUGUACCACGAGGGUUCGUGGACGCGGGGGAUCUUCCGUCGGCCGGCGGGGGCUCGGGCCGUCAGGGAGCUGCGGGACACUCUGGACGGCGGAGAGUUUCAUCUUCCUCUGACAAGAGAUCACGUCUUUAUCAUAGCCGGGGUCUUUAAGGACUUCUUGCGCAGCAUCCCAGGCAGCUUGUUGUGUUGUGAGAUGUACGAAGAAUGGAUGGACGUGCUGGAAGAAGAGGAUGAGGAGGAAGAACAAGUGCAGGACGUAAAGAGGAUGAUUGGUCGCCUGCCCAAAGAAAACGCCCUGCUGCUACGCUACCUCUUGGCCAUGCUGCACGGUAUCCAGGGCAACGCCCAGGAGAACCAGAUGACAAGUUUCAAUUUAUCAGUGUGCAUCGCUCCCAGCAUGCUUUGGCCUCCUGGAGCGCCUUGUAGCCCUGAGGUGGAGGGAGAAGGAGCCAAGAAGGUUUGUGAGCUGGUGAAGUUUAUGAUUGAACACUGUCAGCAGAUUCUGGGAGAGGAUCCGUCCUCCGUGUUCGGAGGACCGCCACAAAGACUGAACACUGACGAGAUGGGAUCAGACUCCUGGAUUUACCCUCUGACCGACUCGUCCUACGACAGUGUCGAGAAUGAGUUGGACAACAGCAGCGGUGGGUCGCCGGGCUUCUGCAGCAGAAGACAGUUUCGAUCCAAACCGCUACAAGGCAGCCUGGACUCCAUCCUCACGUUCAGCGACUACGAGCAAGACACGGACCCAGACGUACACCGGACCCAAACUGACAGCCCGCAUGGUCUGAAGUUACACCCACUGGGGAGAACCAGGGGCAGGAGACAGGACCCAGACCUCUCCAGCCCCAGCCAGGACGCAGCGACUGUCGACGCCUCCUCCACCCUCGACCUGCCCUCCCUGGACGGUCGGCACAGACAGCGGCGGCGCUCGGAGCCGGCUAUAGCGUACCUGGCCAAGUUUGGGCCGUGCGCUUCAGGGAGCACUGGUGAGGAUGAAGAUGGUGAAGAAGAGCUUUCCCAGAAGCCUAGCAGCCACUCGCACUCCAGCGGUGAGACCGCGUUAAACCUGCUCAGUGUGAGGUCAGCGGCUCUGGAAGCGAGCUCCUCCAGCCUCUCGUCUACCCCAACCUCCCCUGCACCAACCGGCUCCUCCCUGAACUCUCUGGACUCCCUGCACUCCCUGCACUCCCCCAUCAGUGACCACGCCUGGGCGACCAGGCGGGAGCUCAACCCAACCAAGACACCCCCGCCCUCCAACUCUUCCUCUUUAUCUGUCCCCUCCUCCACCGUAAGCUCUGCUCUGACCUCCGGUGGACUUCCAGACCCGGGGACUUGUCCAAAAGGCUCCCCACCCAAAGAACCACUUAACUGGGGGACCUUGAAAGGCUGCAGGGGCCUCCACCCAAACUCCUGGCUGAAGAAAGGGCGCAGGCUGUCACUAACCCAACAAGACAACUUGGAGAAAGAGGAAGAGGACAAGACUGGGGGAGGACCCACUGAGAAGUCGCUCACACUUGGAAAACUCGUCCCGGAGAAAGGAAAAGCGGGCGGAGGAGGGAAACCGACCUCCAGCAGCCAACCCAAGCCCAAAACCUCCUGCAGAACCUCAAAGGAUGCAGAAGGAAGAGGGAGGCCUGGCCAGGAGGCCCACAAGCCCAGACAUCUUAAACAGGACUCAUCCAGCCCCCCUUCUCACCACCGCUCUACAGGCAGCCUCCAACUUCCCAAAUCCCCCUGGUUCCACUCCUCAGACUCCCCGUCGAGCGCAGUGAAGCAGCAGUCGCCAUCUUUGUUUUACAAGCAGAGCGGGCCGUCCCUGUCCCUCUUCAAGCAAAGCAAGUCUCACUCCGUGGAGGAGGAAUGCAAGCCCAGGCUCUUCCAGCGCCGGGGGUCGGAACCCGAGCGGCAGGUCGUAGAGCGAGCCGCCACCCUCACACGGGCCAGGCUGCCCAGCGACCCAGGACUGAAGGUUAGCGAGGUGGACUCACAGGGAGGGACGCCAGAGGGCCGGUUCUGCCUCUCCCCGUAUGCCACCAAAGCCGUGAGAGACUACUUCUCCUCUCACCCGCGCAGUAACCCUCAGAGCAGCCAGCAGGUGGCGCUCGCCCUGGUGGAGAGCCGCAGGGAGUGGCUGAGGAGAUGCAGCGAUCCCACAGCAGAACCAGACUUUGACCAGCUUCUGUUUGCUGAAGAAUCGUACGUCUGAUUCUGACUAGAACCUGGAGCGACACAGAACGACGCGACUUCACUGCUGCUUCCAACCUGAGAAUAAAUUAGUUAUGAUACUCACCACCUUAAAAACGACUGCUUUCAGUGUUUCAUUAGAUACUUUCUGCCUCAGUCUAACAGCACCUGAAAUUAAAUUGUUUGCUGUGGUUGAACAAACAGAAUUAGGUACAUUUUAAACUUUGCCUAGAGCUUUUUGCCAUUAAGGGAAUGUGUGUUUUUUUUUUUUGCUCAAAUGUCCUCAAGGCUGGAUUUACACACGCAGAAGGAAUACUACUUUAUAACCUUUUUAUAUUGAAAUAAGUUUGUCACAGUCUAAACACAAGGAUUGUCUUUUUAACUUUAUCAGGCCAAAGUUGAAACCUGCCAAUAAAACUACCUGGUGUUGCCUUCUUACGUUAUGAACAAGUAGAAUCUCAUUAUUGACUAAUGAUUAAUAUUGUAUUGCCUGAUAGGUAAAUUGAGCUCUAAACUUGUUGUUUGGUUUAACUUGGUGAUUUCUGCUCUCAGCGUUAUGUUUGGACAUAUUAAACAGAUUGUAGGUAACUUACUGACUCCUACAAAGCGUGUUUAUAUGCAAUUGUUUUGAGUAUUUUACAGGAUGUAACAUUUUAUUCUAAGACAUUUCCAAGCUAAAGCUACAGUUAAGAGAUUGUUAACCCUGGUUAUCUGAGUUUUGAUGCUUAAUAAAGCCGAUCACUGUGCUACUUUACGUUUAACGCUAUACAAGUGUCACAAAUAAAACAAUUAACGCCCAGUAUUUGCUUAUGAACAUAAUUUAGGACAUUAUGGGAUUCUACAUUGUUGGCAGGUAGUGUAAAUGCAGCCUGGGUACACACUGUGACAUUGGAUAAUGAUUAUAGUUUUAAUUCAGGACAAUCUCUUCAUGUUACAGCUUCACUUAAAGAAAUACAUUGAGUUUUGUAGAUUAAGUAAAAGGUGAUAAUUCACUAUUUAUGCUUUUAAUGGAAACUUCCUUAAAAACUUUGUGCUAUUUUCUGUCUUUACUGACAUUUGUGCUGCUUUUUGCCGACUGUAGAUUCUACAGAGGUAUUGGAAUAUCAUUAUUUAACUUUUCUAGAUGACACAGAUUAAGUUUUGCUCACUCUCUGCUCUUUAAAUAUCUGGGUCAUAUAAGUAUAAACUAUUCUUUUAGUCCUUUUUUUAACACUUCAAACGCUUAAGGCAUUAGCACAUACAUGCAGUAGGUAUGAGUCUUGUUUUCUAUUUGUUGCCAACAAUGUGGUUUUCACACAAGCCUGUAUUGAUUUCAGUUCAUCACAUUCUGUCCCAAUAUUUCUAUGUAAAUAUGAUCCCUUCGGGGGGAGAUGGUACAGUCGUGUUUUUCAAGCUAUUUUAUGCAGCUCUAAACUUUGUUUAAAUAGGUCACAAGACUGUUGCUUUAUUACUACGUUAUGUAAUUGUCUGCUUCCUUUAUAUAAACGUGUUAAUACGCCUACACAUCUGCAUUUUCAAAUAAACUGAAGUGA